AUGAAAAGUCCGAGAAAUACCUUACUUGGUAAAACAAGACUUUUUAAACUCUUCGCCAAAAAUAUUAAUGACGAUCCGAAAGAUAGAGCCGUCGCUCGCCGACAAUUAUCAACAUCAACAUUAUCACCCACAAAAUUCCAACAAAAUUUUUUAGAAGUUGAAGAUGAAGGUUUUUAUACAGUCGAAGAUACAACGACUAAAAUAGUGUCUCGUACAUGGCAGUAUAUAUCUCAAGAUAAUGAACUUUGGCGUAGCAUGUAUAUGGCAAAUAAAGGUUGGAAAACAUCAAUACCGCGUGAAGCAACUCUUGCAGGUGAAGUCACUUGGAAAGAUUUGUACAAAAACCGACAUGUUCUUGCAAUGCGAUGGAAAAAAGGCGAAUGUGAAAAAACAUUUCUUAAUGGUCAUGGUGAUAGUGUAUACUGUAUACAAUUUGAUGAACGUAAAAUUGUAACGGGAUCGCGUGAUAAAACCAUUAAAUUCUGGGAUAUUAAAACUGGUGAUUGUUUUCAAACAUUAUUUGGUCAUGAUUUAUCUGUCUUGUGCUUACAAUACAAUGACAAGAUUAUGGUUUCCGGUUCUAGUGAUAAAACAAUUAUUAUUUGGGAUAUGCAGAGAGUUGAUAUACAGAAGAGUAAUAAUUCGGUAACUCAAUUAAGACGCCUUGCGGGUCAUUCUGCAGGCGUUUUGGACAUUUGUUUCGAUGAUUCUUAUAUCGUUUCUUGUUCGAAAGAUAGCACUAUUAAGGUUUGGGAUAUAAAUACUGGUUUAUGCCUUCGUAAUUUAACAGGCCAUCGUGGUCCUGUUAAUGCUGUUCAACUUCAUGGUAAUAGGAUUAUAUCAGCAUCAGGUGAUGCUUUAAUUAAACUUUGGAAUUUAAAGAGUGGGGAAUGCCUUAAAGACUUUAUUGGCCAUACAAGAGGGUUGGCCUGUGUUCAAUUUGAUGGUAAGUGGGUAGUUUCAGGUUCUAACGAUAGAACUAUUAAAAUCUGGGAUGUCGAAACUGCUCAAUGUGUCCGUACAUUAGAAGGGCACACUGAUUUAGUUAGAACAUUACAUUUCGAUGAAGACAAAAUUGUCAGUGGAAGUUAUGAUCAGACUGUUAAAGUUUGGGAAUUAAAGACCGGAAAGCAAUUAUUGGACUUUAAAGAAGGUCACACGAGUUGGGUAUUUGAUGUUCAAUUUAGCUCAACGAAAAUCGUAAGGUAA